CAUUGGCCUGCGACCUCCGUACUGGAAAACGAAUUUCUACGACGACCCCCCAAACAGACAGUUUGCGAUACGCAUGAUUGGAUGGAUAAACUGGACGGCAACCCGCUGCAAGGACUUCUCCGAUUGGGCUUGCGGAGGACGUGGAAUUGAAGCGUCGAGCCUUGCCAUACGUGAAACCUCAGAAACCGCAGCCGAAGACUACGCCAUGGAAUACGCAAUAGAAUUGAUAGACCGCAACUUGAAACUGCACAAAGCUGAACCUACCCAUGAUAACUUCAAUGAGGACGAGCAAUACGACUUUAGAGAUAUGACAACUGUUCUCAAGCAGUGCCGACGAGGUAUGAAGACUGCAACGCAAUUCAAGGAAAGUCUCCAAGCUGCUUGGGGUCAAAACUGGGCAGCGAAACCUGGGAUGAUACCGAAUUCCGAAGGAGGUCAAGUUAUUGACAUGUUAAAAAGCUUUCACGAUGAUCUGCAUUUUUUCCCACUUGGCGAUCAAUACUACACUGCGAAAACUGCCGGGGGUACACAGAGCGACAUUCUUACGGUUUUCCCUCCGCGAUUCUUGGCCCGGGCAAUGGACAUAGGCAACCCGAAAUAUCUUGAAGCUGUGUCAACUGGCUUUAGGCAGAUGGUUACUCAUAUUCUACCUCAAUCUUGCUGCCCUGACGACGGCAGCCUGCUACACAAAUUUGAAGUAGACUUAAUGAAGGAAUUGGAAAAGCUUGAAGACGACAAGUUUUAUGACGUUGGAGGACCGGAAGUGAUCAAGCUGGAUAGAAAGGUGGAUGACAUCUGCGCGUUAGUCUACGCGAAGCAAAGGUGCCGGUUCCUGCACACCGGCGUAAGGAAAGUAUUCGGAACUACGCUCAAACUGAAGGGCAGUCUUUAUAUAAACUGGGCUUUAACAAAAUUGAUGAUCAUGUUUUCGCCAUUUCUACCAUCUGACGAUAAAGAAUUGGUUCCUAUUUACAACCUGGUGGCCAUGUACCACGGCAGGGCAGAGAUGCCGCACAAAGACAUACUGUGUAUGCACCUCCUCGAGCACUAUUACCGCGACACACUACUAUACCUUUUCAGCAAAAACGACCACUUAAAGGAUGUCACCGAAAUGAUGAAAGAAGCUGCGGGUAAGCUCAACGGCACACUGAGCACCAUCGGAGCAUCAGGAAAGAACGCCGCCCCGACUACAUUGUUCACAACGCAGCUUGUUUACCCAAAGAGCCCAUUCUCACCUGAAAUGCUAAAGAAAGAUGACAUCGCGGGAUUCUUUACUGCUGGAUUGGAGACAUUGACAUUUUUUCAUCCAGACGUCGGAACAUUGAACGACGUCAGUGGAGGAAAUGCGGACCGUGAGCCAUUUGCUAUUAUUUUUGAUCGUGCCAAAAGAUUGAAAGUUGUUAUGGAAGCAGGAGCAGUGAGUUGGAGCGGAUCAAUUUUCCGUGGAGAAGCUUGGCACGAUCCGUUGAAUGAUCGCAUCUAUGUUCCUCUGGGCUUGGCCGUGCCACCGUACUACCACAAUGACACUAAUAAAAUAAAACACUCCGUUCCUGGAUUCUUGCCGAAGAUCUUCAAGCCUCUGCUGCAACGCUUUGUCAAGUACUUCCUGUCCGUGAGCAAGGCAACCAGAAGGGCCUACGAACAGGAGCCUGCAGGCAAACCAGGGUCCUUGCCGUCAAAGAGCCUCGACGCAAUUGGAUCUUACGUGAUGAAGCAAGUCAUGUGCUUCAAGAAAGCGUAUGGACAAGACAUGAUGUGGGACCUCUUCUAUGAAAAGUCUGCUGUGCAGCUUGCCUACCAAGUUUGGAGGAUGGCGUACAAUCAUGAAACCGUAAACAAGGACACGCAGCUGCGACUCGCGUACAUAAAGUUUUUCAGCGAAGAGAUGCUAUUCUUCGUAACGGCAGCUAACGGUCAUUGCUACACAGCAAACCCCAAGUUCGCGGUUAAGAAAGAGCAAGAACUAGCACCGAAAAGGGUAAAUUCCUUGCUGUACAGCAAACUCCUGGGCCAGAGCAUGCUGUGCAACGAACAGCGAGAAGUUUUCAAGCCACCGUGCAGUGGUCUCUUCCCUGAACUUCAGCGUGUUGACGAAGCUUUGUGGACUGUGGAAAGCUGGAGAAGUGCCAAGAAAGUCCUGUCGCAUUAAAAAUUAGCUUUUACCGAGUA